GGUUGUAGGCGCAGAAAAAAAAGAAACGAAAGAAGGGAGAGAGAAAGAGAGAGAGAGAAAGAGAGAAAAAAUACGACAGAGUUUUACAUGUGCGAUCAACACGAGAGAAUAGUGUCGAACUGAUCGUCGAACUCUGAUAUACUGUACUCCUUAAAUUUUGGAGUAGACUCUUAAGAAACAUAAAAAAGAGAGGAAGAGAGACUGUAUCAAAUAUCGAAUCAUGCUUCCGUGAUAACGACGCAUUCCAAGAGAGUACAUAUCGCACUGGUACGUAAGUACAUUUAAGUUUAAUCGAAAGUCUUUGGGACUUCUGCUAUCCGAGAGUUAAAUAGGAAUACGAAGAGGAGGAUAAGGAGGACUGGGUAAGGAAGGUAUUUAAGGCGAGAAAAGGCGUUAUGCCGGCGCUGGUGCGUUACCACUGAGUUCGCCUUAGAAUCGAGUUGGAGAAAGAGAGAAGAAGAGAAGACGGUGUGGCAGCCCGUGUGCGUUAGUGCGUGCGCGUGUGUGUUGUCGUCUUCGUCGUCGUCGUUGUCGGGGCAUACAUGUACGGCCAAGGAAGUACAUACAUAUAUGUAUACGCCUAGAGAAGAUCGGUGGAGGAGCGAGGCGUUGGAAGGGGAGAAAAGGAAGAGAGGAGGAGGUGGUGGUGGAGGAGGAGGAGGAGAGUUGGCCGUGUCGGCGGCGGCAGUAGCAAGGGUCGGGAGGCUGGCGGGGGAGGCAGAAGCCGAGGAAGAAGAGGAGGAGGAGGAGAAGGAGGAGGAAGUAGUGGUGGUAGAACGAAAGAAAGCUCGCUUGGAAGAAGCGCGUAGUGCGAUCGGCAAGAUGGAGGAAAGUCAGCUGUUGAUGACGGAACUUCCGGCAUUAACACCAAGCCGCGGUACGACGCUGUUGCAUCGUCCUGGUCACUAUUUUCAUUUGCAUCAGCCACACUUAGGGAUAACGAACGCUCAGAGCCAAACAAGCCAAGCCAUACUUCAUAACUCGUCCAACAUGCCGCAUUACAAUAGCGAGGCGACCAGUUUGCCAGCAUACGUUCAAGGUAUCUCCUCGAGGCAGCUGCCACACGUACCGCGUAAUGUGGCCUCGGCUAGCACGCAUAUAUCCUCCCUCUAUCCAGAGAUAUUAGCGCUGAUCUUUAGUUACUUGGAUGUUAGGGACAAGGGUAGGGCGGCACAGGUGUGCACCGCAUGGAGAGACGCUGCUUAUUACCGAUCGGUUUGGCGAGGGGUCGAAGCCAGGUUACACCUGAGGAAACAGGCACCGGCGUUGUUCUCCAGUUUGGUAAGAAGAGGAGUUAAAAAGGUUCAAGUAUUGUCCUUGAGAAGAGGUCUAAGCGACGUACUAAAGGGCGUACCGAAUCUUGAGGCUCUCAAUCUUUCCGGUUGUUACAACAUCACCGAUUCCGGAUUGUCCAAUGCUUUCUGCCAAGAGUAUCCGGCGUUGACCGAGCUCAAUUUGUCCCUUUGCAAGCAAGUGAGCGACACGUCCCUCGGCAGGAUAGCACAGUACCUUAAGAAUCUCGAGCACUUGGAACUGGGCGGUUGUUGCAACAUCAGCAAUACUGGUCUCCUAUUGAUAGCGUGGGGUCUUAAGAGACUGAGAAGGCUCGAUUUGCGAAGCUGUUGGCACGUAUCCGACCAAGGAAUCGCCCAUUUAGCCGGACUCAAUCGGGAAACCGCGGACGGUAAUUUAGCGUUGGAACAUCUAAGUCUCCAGGAUUGUCAGAGGCUCAGCGAUGAGGCGCUCAGGCACGUAUCCGUCGGCUUGACUACGCUCAAGUCGAUCAAUCUAUCCUUCUGCGUGUGCAUUACCGAUUCCGGGGUUAAGCAUCUAGCGAGAAUGUCCAGUUUGCGAGAACUCAACUUAAGAUCCUGCGACAACAUAUCGGACAUCGGUAUGGCUUAUUUAGCAGAAGGUGGGAGUAGGAUAUCAUCCUUGGAUGUAUCAUUUUGCGACAAAAUAGGCGACCAAGCUCUCGUACACAUUUCCCAGGGCCUGUUCAAUUUAAAAUCCUUGUCGUUAUCAGCUUGUCAGAUAAGCGACGAGGGUAUAUGUAAGAUCGCUAAGACUCUCCACGACCUAGAGACUCUGAAUAUCGGUCAGUGUAGUAGGUUGACGGACAAGGGACUUCAUACCAUCGCCGAGAGCAUGAAGCACCUUAAGUGCAUCGAUCUCUACGGAUGCACGAGGAUAACGACCAAUGGCCUGGAGAGGAUUAUGAAACUACCGCAGCUGAGUACCUUGAAUCUUGGUCUCUGGCACGUGCGGUGAUGGCUUUCUAUUAACACAUUGCCGCCCAGUAAAUUACCAAUACAACAACAUUUGUUCCCGGCCGAACCUUGCCACCAACAACAACACGACGUGGUGUAGUAUUCAUCCUUAUAUAUACACACACA